AUGGAAGGUUUAUCUUUCUCCAUCCAGAGAAGUGAGUUACCAGUGCAGAUCGACAUGGAUUCUAUAAUUGCAGUGAAAUUGAUCCAGGCUUCAGAGGUUGACAGAUCGGUAUAUUCGUCUAUCAUCAAGGAGAUUAGAUAUCUUAUGUCUCUACGUGAAAAUUGUAUUACUCAUGUAAGUCGUAGCCAAAAUAAAGUUAGUGAUAGCUUAGCUAAAUUUGCUCGUAGUGAGGGUAGAACCAUGACUUGGCUAGGUUCUGGUCCUCCUGAGGCUUUGGAACUAGCUGCGAUUGAUUGUAAGGACUUUGGUGGAUGA